GCGUUAGUCAGUAUGCUGCUCUGCCCCCGCGGAUAACUAUUUAAGGGAAUGUUGGGAGGGAGGGGCUAUAUCGGAAUACUAGGUUGUGGUAGUAAUAAGCCAAGUGUUCCUCGAGGCUUGUCUUGUGUGUCUGUGUCUGUGUCUGUGCCUGUGCUUAUUGUCCACUCCGUUUCUCCUACUUCGAAACUGAGCUUGUGAUACAUACUUUCCAAACUCGUUCGACGGGAACCAAUUGAAAAGAUGCGGUGCUCUAUACUAGCCCUGCCAGUCUUGGCGGUAGCGACAUCUGCAGUUGCUCAAGCUCCGAACCCUGGGAAGGAUGGGAAGUACACGAUAUCAUCGUCGGGAAUAAAAGCGCAGUUCAUUCCGUAUGGAGCUACGCUCACCAACCUCUUCGUCAAAGAUAAGAAUGGAGAAGAUGUCGACGUGGUGCUCGGAUACGAGGACAUAGAAUAUUAUCCCAAGGACCCAGGACAUCCAGUGUAUAACAGUAUCCCUGGCCGUUAUGUCAAUCGCAUUGGGAAGGGCAAGUACACGAUCGACAACACAACAUACACCACUCAGAUAAACGACGGGACCAACACGUUACAUAGCGGCACGAACAACUGGUCGUACCGCGUGUGGAACGUAACCGAUGCCACCGAGGACUCCAUCACCUUCACCGUCAAGGAUGCGUCGAACUCGUCCCAAGGAAUGCUGGGUCUUGUCCACGGCCAAGUGACGUACAGCGUCAGAGGGGGCACAUGGAAGAUCAAGAUGGAGGCAACGUCGCCCGAGGCUAGGACUCCGCUCAUGCUGACCCAUCACACCUACUUCAACUUGGACGCCUUCAAGAAUCCAGACACGGACCAGAUUUGGAACCACACUCUGUACUUACCGUACUCGAAACGGUACUUGGUCGCGGACGACGGCGCCUUGCCUACGGGUAAGAUUGGAACUGCGGAGCCUAACAGCAUCAACGAUUUCUCCAGCCAUCCCGGCCUAUUCCUGGGCCAUGCGCGAGGCGACCCUAAGUUUGCUGGGAACUGCGGCGGCGGCGGCGCUUGUGAGGGCUAUAACGGCUACUUUCUGAUCGACGGUGCGCCCAAAGAUGCUGUUGUCGUCAGUUUGGCCAGCGCCUUUUCUGGCAUCACUGCCGAUCUACGCACCGACCAGCCUGGAAUCGUGCUUUAUUCAUGCAAUUGGAUGGAUGGGACUGCCGACUUAAAGAGUACGCAAGGUACCGAGACCGUCAAGAAGGUGGGAAGGAGUUCUUGUGUCGCCAUCGAGGCUCAAGAUUAUGUGGAUGGCAUUAAUCACCCUGAAUGGGGACGAGCCGAAAAGCAGAUUACCGGACCAGGCCAGAAAUACUCAUGGGAGAGUUCAUGGACGUUUGGAACCCUUUGAAUGAGAUUCGGCAAGGGGUGGCAGAACUCCUAACAUCCAACCUCGAGGGAGGAUGUAAGUGGGGGAAUUCAUUCGUACAUACGUCUCGUCGGUAGUGCCCGUCAUGAAGAAACUAUACGGGCCCUGAAUUGUACAUAGUAACGAGGGUUUCAAGAAAUGCUAGC